AUGUUGUAUCCAGUGACCAUAGAAGAGAUCCAGUCUCUGCUACACAAGCUAGACGUCACUGACGCAACAACGAGUUCACUAGAAAGAAAAUAUCUCCAGAUAGAAGAAAAUAUCAACACAGUCAAUGAUAAACUCACACGUUUUGAAGGCAAGCAAAAAUCUCAAGCAAAGAAAUCAAAACAACAAGACAGAAGGGUAGCUGAAAUAGAGAAAAACUUGGAUGUGUUGACAGAAAAAGUAGAAGAACAAUAUAACGCGACACAAAGACAUUCUGAUAACAUGAGGCAAAUGAUGACGUCAAUACAAGAAAUAAAUGAAGCUAGCUGCGACAACAAGAAACACAUAGAAGAGUUAAGUGUGGUCACUAAAGAUCUGGUCAAGAAAACAAAUGAUAAUGAAACUUCUGUCCAAGAAAUAUCAGAAAGUUUGUCUAGAACUGAUGAAAAAUUAACAAAUGGGGAAUUAAAGACUGGAGCCAUGUGUCAAGUACUGGCAAAACGAUUUUCACAAUUUGAGUCUUUACAAAAACUCUUCAGUCAACUGAUGAAAUUAAGAGAACAAAACGCUGUUCAGUUAACUGAAAAGCUCAAUGCAUUAGUACGUCCACCCGGUAACUAUGUUGCUGCUAUUCCUGUAGAUGCAACUGUUACAGGAAAGUCCCCUGGCUCUGAUGGUAUGGAUCAGAGUUUUAUAGACAAAGGUUUUCCCUGUUCCUGUCGGACCAUCUAA